AUGAGUCCUCCUCGUGUCUCUCUCUCUCCUAGCAAUCUCUCGGCGACUCUGAUCUGCGACGUUCUCGUCAACGCAUCCGUCAUCUGUUCUCCUAAUCUCUCGUCGAAGAUAAGCUCUCCUCGGCGGCUCACAUCGAUGAAGAAAGACUUCGCCUCUGUCUCCGAAAUUCAAAAGGAAAGUCAACAAAGUGUUUCACCCUCUUCAUCGCAAGUCCCCUUAUUUGCUGAAGACACUGGAGGCAGUGGCAAAGUAAGAAGAACCUGGACGCCAACAGACGAUGUUGUUCUCAUCAGCUCGUGGUUAAACACGAGCAAAGAUGCGGUAAUUGGGAAUGAGCAAAGGUCGCUUGCGUUCUGGAAAAGAAUUGCUGCGUACUACAAUGCUAGUCCUAAGCUUGCUGGCUGUGAAAAAAGAGAGGCGUCUCACUGUAAGAAUCGUUGGCAGAAGAUCAAUGACGUCGUCUGCAAGUUUUGCGGUGCAUAUGAAGCAGCAACCAGACAGAAAACCAGUGGACAAAAUGAUAAUGAUGUUCUGAAGCUAGCACACGAAAUCUUCUUUACCAACUAUAAAAAAAAAUUCAUUCUUGAGCAUGCUUGGAAAGAGUUGCGUAAUGACCAGAAAUGGUGUGAGCUGUCAGCAGCCAAAAAAGAUGGAAGCUACAGAAAGAGGAAGUGUGAUGGUGGGGAUGAUGAUGAAGCCAAUGCUGGUGAUGAUGAUGAAGCUACAAAUCGACCCCCGGGAGUCAAGGCAGCAAAGGCCGGUUCUGGAAAAGGCAGCAAAUGUCCUGAAGCCAAUGCUGGAAAAGGUCUGUCCCAGUUUCAGACAAUGUGGACCAUCAAAAAGGAAGACUUGGCUUUGAAAGAAAAACUGGAAAAAAUCAAGCUUCUCAACACUCUCCUUGCUAGAGAAGGACCACUUGCGGCUUCUGAAGAAACUUUGAAGGAGCAACUCAUAACUGAGUUGAGGACGUGA